AUGUCAGGUGCUGGCGAUAUGAUCAACGAGCGGUUACUACUGAAGGAGCUGAAUAGCACGGGAGUAUUUAAGCUGGGCAAUUAUACGUUACAAAGUGGUCAAAGUUCACCAAUCUAUAUCGAUUUACGUCUACUCUUUACGUCACCCAGUGUUUUCAGCUUGACAGCGAAUUGUAUGUGCAACAUGAUAGAAGCGAAGAAUUUAAAGUAUGAUUAUAUCGUUGGCGUACCAUACGCAGCAUUACCACUCUCGACGAUUAUUGCUGAUCGUUUGGAGAAACCAAUGUUGUUACGGCGUAAAGAAAUAAAAUCCUACGGAAUGAGAAAAAUUAUCGAGGGCAACUAUGAACGUGGAAAACGUGCUCUGAUCAUUGAAGAUGUCGUCGUUUCAGGUAAAAGUAUCUUGGAAACAGUUCUUGCUUUACGCAGCGAAGGUCUAGUCUGUGAAGAUGCUAUAUGUGUUUUGGAUCGUGAACAAGGUGGUCCAGAAAAUAUUCAGGAUGAAGGAAUUACUCUACAUAGUAUACUGGGAAUGAAUAAAGUGCUUGAUUUCCUGAUCGAUAUUGGUACGAUUACCAAAAAAAUGAAGGAAAAUAUACUGUAUCAAUUAACACUCCCACCGCAAUCGAUUGAAAAAGUACAAUACAAUGAUGACUGGUCUUUAACAUCACGGAAAAACUCUACACCAAAUAUUUUAAAUAAAAAAUUAUUGGAAAUAAUGAAUAAGAAAAAAACAUGUUUGUGUAUAGCAAUUGACAUCACUAAAUGCGAGGAGAUUAUACAAAUUAUCGAAAAGACUGCUGGUUAUAUCUGUGCCGUAAAACUUCACGCUGAUGUGAUUGAAGAUUUCAGUGAUGCUUUUGUGCAGAAACUUACAGCGAUGGCAAAUAAUUUGGAUUUCAUCAUUUUUGAAGACAGAAAGUUAGCUGAUACUGGCUACACGACGAAUUUGCAGCUUACGAAAGGACCAUUCAAGAUAGCAUCUUGGGCACAGAUUGUCACUGUACAUGUUCUUUCUGGUCAACCUGUCUUGAAUGUCGUAAGAAAGAUUGUUAAUCAGCCAGAGACAAAACUUACUGGUUGUUUGUUGGUUAUAGAAAUGAGUUCUGGAUCUUUCACUAAAUCGAAACAAUAUUUGAAUGAUGCAUUGGAUUUGGCAAAGAAUAAUCGUGAUAUCGUAAGUGGAUUCAUUUGUCAGAAACGUUGCGCUAAUAUACCGGGUUUUCUCUAUUGGACUGCAGGAGUUCAUAUGGAUGCAGUGAGUGAUGGAGUUGGUCAAAAUUGGCGUACAAUUGAGAAUGCAAUAGGUAUAGAUGGAAAUGAUAUUGUGAUAGUGGGACGAGCAAUUACUGAUGCAGCUGAUAUCAAUACUCAAGUGAGGCGGUACCGUGAUGCUGCAUGGGAAUCAUUUAUUAACAGACAGCAAAAUCAUUGA